AUCAAUCUCCCACAGCCUGUGAAGCCCUCAGUGUGCCUCUGUCCUUUGCCACAAACAUGAGGUUCAAAUUCCCUCUCAUGGCCAUUAGCCUGGAGGUUGCCAUGAUUGUUUUAUUUGGAUUAUUUGUUCAAUAUGAAACGGAUUACAGCGUUCUUCGGCAGACCAACAGCUCCAAGUCAAUAGAUGAAUUCUUUGUAUUAUACCCUCUAUUCCAAGAUGUACAUGUUAUGAUAUUUGUUGGGUUUGGCUUCCUCAUGACCUUCUUGAAGAAAUAUGGUUUCAGUAGUGUGGGUAUCAACCUGUUCGUUGCUGCUCUGGGUCUUCAAUGGGGCACUCUUAUAUGGGGAAUCCUGCACUACCAUGGACAGAAAAUUCCUAUUGGAAUCAUAAGCAUGAUAAAUGCAGACUUCAGCACAGCCACAGUCCUGAUUUCUUUUGGAGCUGUCCUGGGAAAAAUAAGUCCAAUCCAAAUGCUGAUCAUGACAAUCAUAGAAAUUACUGUCUUUGUUGGCAAUGAAUAUCUGGUUGUUGAGAAGUUUAUGGCCUCUGAUAUAGGAGCAUCAAUGACGAUCCAUGCCUUUGGGGCCUACUUUGGCUUGGCUGUAGCAGGCAUCUUAUAUCGACCAGGCCUGAGAAGGGGACAUGACAAUGAGGAGUCUGAGUACCACUCAGAUUUGUUUGCAAUGAUUGGAACUCUUUUCCUAUGGAUAUUUUGGCCCAGUUUUAAUUCAGCCGUUGCGGAUGCUGGAGACAAACAGUACAGGGCCAUUGUAAACACAUACUUCUCUCUCGCUGCCUGCGUGCUCACAGCCUAUGCAUUCUCCAGUCUCGUUGAGCACCGAGGCAAGCUCAGCAUGGUUCAUAUUCAGAAUGCAACCCUUGCUGGAGGGGUUUCUGUGGGCACUUGUGCAGACAUGGACAUUAGCCUGUGCGUUUCUAUGAUCAUUGGGAGCACUGCAGGAAUGGUCUCUGUGCUUGGAUUUAAGUUUCUGACUCCACUUUUUGCUACUAAACUGAGGAUCCAAGAUACAUGCGGGGUUCAUAACUUGCAUGGUUUGCCUGGUGUGAUAGGAGGCCUUGCGGGCAUUGCGGCAGUAGCCAUGGGAGUGUCUGACAAGUCUACCUGGGCCAUGCAAGCAGCAGCACUAGGUUCUUCUAUCGGAACUGCAGUUGUUGGAGGGAUAUUCACAGGUUUAAUUCUAAAGUUACCCAUCUGGGGACAGCCACUUGACCAGAACUGCUAUGAUGAUUCUGUUUAUUGGGAGGUACCUUGGUGGAAAGAAGGUGACAAUUGUUUUCAUGAACAUGGCAGCCAAAACCAGCUGGAACUUGAAGUCUAAAUACCAUUCCUCUGCCUCACCUUCCUUUCCCACUAUCUAGAGUCAAAUCUAAAUAAACGAAAAGCAUCCAGGAAGAAUAUGGACCAGAAUGGAAGACCCUGAGCCCCAAAUGUCCAGUGUAAAAUAUCCUAAUAUAAUCUGGUGCUGUCUCUUGAUAUUCACUGAUUGUUUAGUUGAAGAAAUAUGACUCAUAAAACAGAUGGUCAAAUGGAUCCUAUUCAGCACUCCCAGACUACUCUUGCCAGUGUGAAUACUUCCUGUAUAUUCAUGUAUUUCCCGCCCCCCCAUGGAGGCAGAUUUACAAAGAAGUGAAUACUUUCUAAUCAUAUCAGUUUCUUAAAUGUAGGUAUUAUGUCUUCAGUCCCAAAGAUUAUGAAACUGAAGUCAGUGAAAGAAUAAUGUGUGUAAAAAGCUAUAUAAGAAAUAUGAAAAAUGAAUGUAUAUAAAGUAGUAAUAUGAGUGUGUUUGGUAGUGUUUUCUUGAUUUAAAAAAAUGGUCAAAUUAGUAAUGUUAUGUCUUUGCUCAAAUAUUAUUAUGCUUAAUUUCUUUUGUAUGUUUACUAUUUGCAACAGAGUUCAAACUCUACCUGACCAAAGUCUAUUUUAUAUAAAAUUUCAGUGGAUUAAUGUUAUUAUAAAAUAAAGUCUUUGGUGGUUAGAAUUCAUUUUAGUAACAGGCACAUAUGCACAUGAACACACACGCACCCCUCAUACUUAGUCCAUAUCAAUCCAAAUAGAUUGUUACUUACUAUAUAUUUACUAUAAAACAUCAAGUUAAUGUUUCAUGCUAUAGUAAAAGUAUUAAACAACUGAGUUUUAGAAAAGGUAAAUGACAUUGUCAUAUAAAACUAUUUCUACGGAAAUCAAAUACUUUUUUUCUCUCAGGAAGCUUUUUAGAUUUUUCUUUUAUUUUUCUGGAGUCCUGGAAUCUUGCCAAGAUGUGCCAAAGUAUUAAUUAGGAAAUCACCCUUGCCAUCGUUGACAGAAUUCCAG